UUGAAGUACGCCCGGCCCGGUCUGCCUGCCUUCAGUCAGGAGGUUCUAAGGAAGUGGAAGAAUGAGGUGAAGCUGCAGAGGAAGGUCCAGUGUCCCAACCAGGGUUGUUGCUCCGUCUACACCAGUGUGUCCGGACUCAAAGCUCAUCUGGGACUCUGCAACAAGGGCGACUUUGAGGCUGGAAAGUACAGAUGUCUGAUCUGCAACAAAGAGUUUAACUCUGAAAGUGGAGUGAAGUACCACAUCAACUCUGUCCACUCUCAGGACUGGUUUGUGACGAACAAAAAAGCCUCCAAGAAGUUUGAGAAGUUCCUGAAGAACCAGCCCAAGGAAUUCAUCCAAAACGUGGACAAGCAGAUCGUAGACCAGUACCACCACCAUCACACACACCAUCAACACCACGUACACCAGUACCAGCAGCACCCAGAGCACCCUCAUCAGUCCAUGCAGCACCCUCUUCAGCCGCUGCACCACCUCCAGCACCAGCACCACCUCCAGCACCAACAUCAACACCUGCACCCAGAGAACCAGCACCUCCAUCAGCAGGCGGAGCAGCCCGCGCUCCACUACACCUCUCUGGAGCCUCCUCCUGGGUCCAUGUGGGUGGAGAUGGAGCGGAUCGGAGCCAUGCCGACACCGGAGCAGGCUCCUUUAGAGAUGGAGACGAUGGUGGAUGGAGGCAAAGAGGACGGGAUGGUGGAGGGGAAACGGAGGAAGAAGGAGGUGGGGAUGGGUGACGGGAAGCAGAAGGAUUGCUUUGCUUUUGGAGGUGGAGGUGGAGGUAAUACUGUCAGCCAAUCAGAGGUGGAGCAGCAGGACAGGCGGAGACACGUUGACCAGUGGAACCCGAAACGACCCGGCAUCAUGGAGACUAAUCCUGAGGCUGGGAAAGGACAGAGGAACACUUAAAAUAACACUAAAUACUUAACAGAGGUGGAAAAAGAGACCGUGGACACUUAAAAAUAACACUUAACAGAGACCAUGGAGUGUCCCUCCGUCCUUUAUUAGCCGUGACGUAGAAGAAAACGAACCACGGGACAAACAAGGUGAGAAGGCAGCUGGUGAUUUAACGUUUUUAAAAAGUGGAUGAAAUGAUGGAAACCGUCCCAACAUCCUAACAUGGAUAAAUGAGACGCUUCGGGUUCGGAGACUGUCGUGAAGUGGUCGUCAUUGUAUAGAGAACUGUAGUAUCUGUGUUUAUCUGUAAUAGAUUAUUUUCUGCAACUUUAAACGUGUCCUAUUCUUUUGAUAAACCCGUCUUUCAUGUUUACCUUAAAGGGAAACAUUAAGAGAGGCUGCUAACAGGAUUUUAAUAGACUCUGAAAAUAUAAAUAAUAUUUUGUGCCUCUUAAACAUAUGAUUUGUAUAUUUUCAUACUACUCAUCUUUACUUUUACUUACAACUUAUUGGCCUUUUCUGGGAGUAGGGAAGUUAGAAAUGUCACUUUUUCUGGUAUAAUUGGAUAGCAAAAGGAUUCCCCUCCCCAUGCUCCUUCCCCUUUCAUCAGUAGGUUUGAUUUUAUUGACAGGGAAAAGUUCAUGGCUAGCAUCAAGAAGCCGUUUUUAAACUAAGACUGGUUGCAGCUCCUUGUCCAGUUAUAGUAGUUAAAGCAGGCAAAUCAAGGAAGCAAAUUCAAGGCAAAUACAAAAAAAGUAAAGACUUGAGAAAACCCAAACCACUCUUUUGGAGUACAGAACAAAACAAUAUCAAAAGAUGACAAAUUACUUUAAUUGUAUUCCCAUUUGUUUGGAAGUCCUUAGAAGCAAAUGUGAGUCAAACAAAGACUAGUCCUUUUUAAAGCAGCUCAUGUCAGCCCACCUCUCGAUAUCACACCCCUAACACUCUCAAUAUCUACUUUCCAAAACACAGAAAACAACAAUAUAGGUUUGUCAAGAAGGUAACAUACUUGAUGUGAUUACUUAGAGUUUAAAUCUGCCCCAAACAGACAAUAGUUUUUAGUUGUGUUCCAACACUCCGAAUCCAUUUCUUUUGAGUUAGCUAUAACACAAAUCUAAACCAAGGGAAGAUCCAAACCACUCUGGUUGAGUACAGAACAACAGCAAGAAAAGACAAAUUGCUUUAAAUGUAUGGAAGUCUUUAAAAGUAAAUGUGAUAUGAAAUAAUCUGAUGCCCAAAAUGUUGGACUAGUCCUUUAAAAUGUCAGCCUAUAUCAGGAUAUUAUACUCUUAACACUCUCAAUAUCUAGUUUCCAAAACACAGAAAACAACAAUAUAGGUUUGUCAAGAAAGGUAAAAUACUUGAUGUGAUUAUUUGCAGUUUAAAUCUGCCCAAAACAGCCAAUGUGGAACACUCCGAAUCCAUUUCUUUUGAGUUAGCUAUAACACAAAUCUAAACUAAUGGUAUUUUUACCAGUUUUUCUUAGAAAAUAGUGACAUAUUUUCAUUUUCCUCAGCAUAUGUAGCUCUGUUUAACAUACAUAUAAUAACAACUGCUCUUGAACUAGUGAGUAAGAAGACCUUUUAUUAAGAUGCGUUUUCCAUGAUAUUAAUGAUUCUAACUUAGGUUUUUAAAUCAGUUUCAAACAUUCCAGGCAGGAGUUUAUCAGCCGUGAAAAGUGAAAUAAAGCACAUUAAUAUAAUUGGUUCUAAGUGGCUGUUAACAAAACAACAUAUAAAUGUGACUGUGACGGUAACUGUGACGAAGGAAAGCUAACACACAAAGCAUUUAACACGGAGGGCGACUGUUUGUCUUUCUGUUUAUUUAGAGACAGAAUAUAUAACCGAUAGCAUGUAGCUUAAUGUUCAUACUUAUGCAUUUUGUAUCUACUACAGUGAGUUAUGGAUGGUUGUCAGUCAUACGUUGGUGUCGUCUUAACAAUAUUUGUUUUUUUACAACUUAAAAGCAUUUCUCAAUGUAUUAAUUUCCCCCUCUGUUGUGCACUUCUUAAACCACUUUCCUUCCUUUAAAAAGAAAAAGGAACAUUGGUUUAUCACCCAUGAUUAGAUUCCUAUAUUUACUGAUUCUGGUUAUAGUGCUUUACCCGUCAUUAACUUUCAUCAGAUGAGUUUGAAAUGGAAAACCUCCUUGGACAUGGGAAGUAUUUCAAAAAGCAGGUCAGGCAGUGGUGGAGAACAUGCAAAUAUCUAUUUAGGACCAUUGUAUUCUCACCUUAAUGUCUAUUUACUUAAAAGAAAGUAAUGAAAACGCUUUUUUAAUAGAAGAAAUGUUUUUUUGUUUUGUUCCUUUUGCCUUUGGUGCUAGCAUGUUGCAGCAUUUAAUAAGACUUUUUGAUUUACUAAGUUUUUGAUUAAUUAGCUGCUUUUAGUCUUUGUUUAGACACUGUAUGUCUAGUUAUUAUUUUAAAUAAUUAUAAUGUGUAAUACUCAUCAGUUUAAUUCAUUACCUAAGUCAUUGGAUUUCAACGUUAUGGCUUGUGACCCCUUGAAAUGAAUGGUAUCUUCUUGCAACCCAUCGGCAGUCGUUGCAUGUUAGGGAUGCAGCUAACGAUUAUUUUCAGUCUUUGAAUAUUAGAAAAUUGUUGAAAACAUCCAUCCUAUUUUCUCAAAGUCUAAGGGGAUGUCUUUAAAUGUCUUGAAUUUUCAGUCCAGAAUCUAAAUGUAUCCAGUUUAAUGGGAUGUCAAAUAUAAAAGCAUGAACAAUCCACAUUUAAAAACGCGGAAAACAACAUUUUAUACAAUUUUUACUUUUCAGAAAUAAGGUUAAACUCUCCUUGCUUUGGAAAUACUUCCCAUGUCCUCUUAUGCUUGUGACCAAAUCGUUAUCACUAUGUGCGCACUUUGAACAGUUUCAUAGCACAAAGGGAAGGAGCUCUUACAAGUGACCUGCUUUGUUAUCAAGAAAAAGUCAAAGCAUUAAUAUUUUAGUGCAAUUUCGUACCAGUAAUUCAAGAAGUGAAACUCCACAUUUCAUUUUUUCCCGGUCAUUUGCACUUUUUGUCUCACUGCUGUCUCAUCCUUUCAUCUUAAUGCUGGAGUACAUAACUUGAAUCCAGAUUAAUUCAAAAAUAGUACGCCUGUAUUGUUAAAUGUUUUGUAUUUUAGUGCCAAGAGAGGAGCUGCCAUACUGUAGGCAAUAGAAACCAAAACGAUUACAUUAUGAAAUGUAUUUUUUUGUAUUUAAUAGAGAGGACUAGUGAGAGGCAUUCAAUAUAAUUCCAAUUACGUGGGCUGAGUUUUUUUUAAAUAGUGUUGUUAACUGUGCAGUAGAGAAGCUCUGUGAAUUAAUGAAACAUGAAGAAAAUAAUGAGAAUGUGUCCUGAUGUUUUUAGCCUCAUCCAUACAGACAAUAAUACAGUUUAUAUUACCUUGGUCAUAUUUGAAUAACUGUUCAGUUAAUAAUCUUGUAUUAUUUGUAAACACACAAAGAAAGCACUUAAUUUGUCCAUGUGUAAUUAGUUAUAACCUCAGUGUUAUAAAUCUGUACAUUUAAAAUGUUACUACUUGUUUUUUAGAAGUUACGUGCUGCUAUUCCAUAUUACCAGCAUUGUUAUAACCACAGAUGAUUAAAAGUUUAAUUAAUGGUC